AUGGGGCGGCGGCGCCACCACGCUCCCUCCCCCCGCCGUCUUCAUCGGCUGUCGACGACGCGUUUGGCGCUGUCUCGGGGAAUCGCCACCCCUGUCAAAAACGAACGGCGCCGCCCAAAGCCAUUCCUCUGCCCUUUGGCCGCCACUCUGCCAGCCAGCCUCGGCGCCGGGGCCCAGCAGCAACUGCCUUCACGUUGGCUGUCUGUCUGGUGGCGGGCGGGCGGGCUAGCAGCCGCCAUCAUCAGAGUUCACCGAAUGAACCCCCUCGGAGACUUGACAGGUUGA